AUGCCCUGGGCGGCACUACUAUGCCCGUCUGAUGGCUACAAAAUUGCUGUGAUGUUGUUUGCUAAGCAGCUGCACGAGCCCGAGCCUGAGCACAAGACAGCACAGUUGAUCAUCAACCCCUGCAAGUUCCUUACCAACCUGUGCUACCAAUCGUCAGAGCCGCGCAGCCACUUCUUCCCCUCCACAUCCACAUCCACAACCACAACCACACAUCUCAGCGUCACAGCUUCCCUUGUGCAGCAUCAAACCGCCUUCACUCACCUGCGCGCAUCGACCCGUUCCGCUGCUACCAUGGCCAACGACGAAUAUGAUGUAGGUUCCGCCCCCUUCAAGCCCAGCAACGAAAUGAACACCUGGCGGAACGCUAACGGCGAUGCUUCAACCCCCACUAGUUCCUCUUCAAAGGUGCCGCCCUCCCUUCCUACGUGGAUGGCCAACGCCGCCAAUCUGCUCCGUGGCCGCAUGCCUACUAACACCGACCGAUUCACCCGCAACGAGUUCAACCUCGACUCCAAGUCAACUAUCGGUGUCGAGUUUGCCACUAGAUCGAUCCAGGUCGACUCCAAGACCAUCAAGGCGCAGAUUUGGGAUACAGCUGGUCAGGAGCGUUACCGUGCCAUUACUUCCGCAUACUACCGUGGUGCCGUGGGCGCCCUCCUCGUCUAUGACAUCAGCAAGCACCAAACCUACGAGAACGUCACGAGAUGGCUAAAGGAGCUUCGGGACCAUGCCGAUGCGAACAUUGUCAUCAUGCUGGUCGGCAACAAGAGCGAUUUGAGACACCUGAGGGCUGUGCCUACGGAUGAGGCCAAGGGCUUUGCUAGCGAGAACCAUCUUUCUUUCAUCGAGACGUCUGCCCUCGAUGCCAGCAACGUUGAGCUUGCCUUCCAGAACAUCCUUACUGAGAUCUACCGAAUCGUAUCUAGCAAGGCUCUCGACAGCGGUGAUGGUGCCCAGGCCACCAUUGGUGCCGGCACUAACAUCUCACUCAGCAAGACAGCCGACGAUGAGGCUUCCAAGGGCGGCAAGUGCUGCUAA